UCUAGCUAUCACCCUGGCGGCUUUGGAGUGUCUGAAGGUCUGAAGCGCGCCCGCGAGCCGUAUCGCAUGGGAAACGCUGUCAUGGGCCUCGGCUUGGUCGCCUUUGUGGGCGGCGUCUACUGGUGGUCGAUUCACAAGGUCAAGCAGGACGACUUCUCCGACCUCGCAGACGUGCGC